AUGCAUCGCACAAUAUCCACCUUGGAAAUAAAGCUCGUCAAGUCGGGGGACAUUUCCGCAAUUACUGAGCUCUGGUAUAAUGCCUUCAACAUCCCGCAGAAUCUGAAGAUGUUUCCAGAUACCCCAGGAGUCCGGCAGUGGUGGAAUGAAGCACAUCGGAAGGAUAUACUGCAUAACCCACACAGAAGCAAAGUGGACCGCAAUUUCCCCCCUGGCAUGAGGAAUCCGAUCAUCAGGCUUGCGAUUCGCUCUUCGGGAUGCUUGACAAAGAGCGAAACAAGUUCUUCGGAGAAAAGCAGUUCUAUUGUGGGAAGCCGAACUUUCGAUAAAGAGGAGCAGCAGCUUGGUGCGCAUCCACAUAAGCAGGAACCCCUUCUUCGUCAGCCCAAUCACAGCCCCAUUGGAUCAGCAUAG